AUGGAUGGGUCAUUCAUCCCCAAGGAGCUGGUCGGGAAGGACAUUUAUCAAGUCUUGGGUCUCACCUUCGAGGACGCAGGGAAGGACAACAUAAAAAACUUAAUAAGAAAGAGGUACCUGAAAUGUGCGCUGAUUCUGCACCCCGAUAAGCUUGAUGCACAGCAGAAGGAGAAAUUAUUUUUUAAAAGGAAGUUGGAGGCACGAGAGAGGGAGAUGGCCAAUGGGGGAGGAAAAAAAAAGUGGACCAACAGUGGAGCGGGAUGGACAAACAGUGGAGCGGAAUGGACACACGGUGGAACGGAAUGGCCGCACGGUGGAAAGUCAGGGGAUCCCACCGCGAGCAGUUACCGCAACGGGAAGAAGAGUCGGAAAAAAAAAAAUGCGCAGCAAGAAGCGGCACUCAGGGAACAGAACAAUUUAAAAAAAAUCAAAAAGCAGAAUGAGGAUUUUGUAAGAAGGCACUCCGCACACCCCGGUCAAAGAAACCACCAAAAGGGCGUGCGCGAGGGGGAAGACGCAGGCGAGAGGGACGAAAGGGACAAAAGGGGCAAAAGAGGCCAAAGAGACGAAAGAGCCGAAAGGAACGAAAGAGCCGAAAGGAACGAAAGAGCCGAAAGGAACGAAAGAGCCGAAAGGAACGAAAGAGCCGAAAGAGACGAAAGGGACCGAGCAAUCGAAAUUUACUUGCACAAUUACCCACACAACGUUGACCUGCUGCAAAGGUACAUAGAGCAAAAAGAAUUGUUAACCUUCUUCCUCGAUUUUAAUUUUCAAAAAUACUACCUGAACAAGAAUGAGGAAGAGACGCAGAGUGAAAGGAAAGUUGGGUUGUUUUCCUUUAGUCAUCGCAGCGAAGCCAUUCGUGCAUACUUGCACUUUAAAAAAAAUGGGAAACAUAUUGACCGCAAUUUUAAGCUGAGGCUGGCAGUGCCCUGCAAAGAAGGCGGAGAAGUGCGCUCUGAGGGGGAAGUGCGCUCGGAGGAGGAAGUGCGCUCGGAGGAGGAAGGGCUCCAGAAGGGGAGAGCCAACGAGACAGCGGAGAAGGACAACGUCGACAGGAUGAUGAACGAGAUGGUAGAUGAGCUGGACAGGAUGUUUUCCUUCUGA